UCUUCGCUUUAUUCCAAAUUGGUCAAGAUUCCAUGGAUCACCCGCCUCUAUCUCAACCCGUCGAUCCGCCGCCGGAGACCGCCGGCGACCCCAUGGCUUCCGAAAUUCUACCGGAAUCUUCAAAUUCCGGCGUUAUGAAGAAGAAGAAGACGAAGAAAAAAAAGAAGAAUAAAGCAUGCGUCACGGACCCUUUUGACCCUCAUUCUUCCGCUGCCUCUUAUUCAUCAUCAUCUUGUUCUGCGACGUCGUUUCCACCUUCUACUCAAAGGGGUAUUAGGGUUUCUACCGGUCGUCGGAACCCUAGAGUCAUCAUUAGCUCCGGUAGACAGAAAAGCGACAAUGUUGAAGCCCUUGCACUUCCCCUCGGCAUGUCUAUUGCUGCAGUUCUUGCUCAGGUUUUGGAAAGAAAAGAUGCUGCCGGAGAAAAGAUAUCUGUGGAUCACCUCUCAGAGAUUUGUACUUUGGCUGUUCGAGAGUCUUUAGCCAAUGUAUUCGGUGACCAGUUUGAGCCUUUCGUGAGGAACUUUGAGAAAUCGUUUCAUAGUACCUUGAUGACUCUCAGAUUAAUCAGUGAAUCCUCAAUGAACAGUGGAGUACAGCAACAUAAUUGUGCAGCAAGGAUUUCUGUCUCUGAAAGAUCUGUGCCUUUUUUUCCUAACAGAGCAGAAAAUGUUACAUGUGAUCCUGACUUCGGUGAGUUUCAAUUGAAGUCAUUUCAGCAGAAUAGCUCAGAUAAUGAACUGAGCAAUCAAGAAGAGAGAAGUGACGGCACAUGUCGUGAAUCAAUAGGUCGGCAGCUUACCCUCUAUGAUAGGCAAGUAAGGCAGCAGUUGGCUUCUGCUUCUUCAAGCAUGAUUUCAUCCAAUUCAGAGAUUAGCCAAUCUGUGCAUAGGACUUUGGAAAGAUCUCUCACAGAACAAGCUAGGUCGAAUGACCUCAAGACAUUUGAGAUUGGUCUUACAAUGAGGAAGUUGCAACUUAAAGAAAGGCAGCUGGCUCUCAGUUCUGAUGCGAACCUUUUGGAAAGGGUCAAACUAUCAUUUGGUUUCUCUAAGACGUCCUUCAAAACUGAAAAGUUCAAAAAUCAAGUAGAAGACUCAAAACAUGCUGAGCUACUUAAAACAUGUAUAGACUGCCUUGUUGCUGGUUUAUUUAUCAUGCUGGCAUGUCUUGGAUAUGGAACUUAUGUUUUCUCUCACAAAAGAAUUACCGAAGCUACAGCAUCCUGCACACCUUCCAUGGAACACAAGUCUUGGUGGAUGCCCCAAUCAAUGUCAUCCAUCAAUUCAGGACUGCAACUCUUACGGUGUCAGGUUCAAGUUCUCAGUCGCAUGCUAUUUGGUGCUUUGCUGAUAUUGGCUAUAGCCUAUUUACUUCUCCAGCGCUCUGCAACUUCAAAUCAGACUAUGCCAGUUACUUUCAUUCUGUUGCUGUUGGGAGUUGGCUGCGGUUUUGCAGGGAAGUUUUGUAUUGACACCUUGGGGGGCAGCGGAUAUCGUUGGUUAAUUUAUUGGGAGACUUUGUGCUUGCUACAUUUCUUUUCGAAUGUCUGUAUCUCGACUUUGUUCCUGAUCCUUAAUGGGCCUGUCACAGUGUCAGAAAAGAGCAUGAGGGAUAGAACCUUUCCAUACUGGAUGAGGAGAUCUGUGUUUUAUACCACAGUACUUCUUAUUCUCCCCUUGCUAUGUGGUCUGAUGCCUUUUGCUGGCCCCGGUGAAUGGAAAGAUCACUUCUCUUCACUUGUCCUGGAUGCUUUUAUUACUCCAGUUGAAUUCUGAGGAGUAGAGUGCAAGGUUAUAGCGUUAUCGGAUGGAACACUGUUUUGAUCAAGACCUGUCAAGGAAUUUUGACUAGUAGAAGACGAGUCUUAAGUAUCGGGCAUAAGGAUGAUUAUGUUUCUGUUUACAUGUAAAUUAUGAUGUAUCAUUAGGGGCUAGAUGAAGAUUUCCGGGUUACGGAUGAAACACUGUUUUGAUCUGUGCCUGUAGCGCUGUAUCAUUAAUUAGUACUCCAGGAUUAGCCUAAAUUAUGUGUAUCAUUAGAGCAAAAUGAGGCUUUGUGUUUCCUU